AAAUCCGUCUUUUCCUGACGUAACUCUGAGGCCUGCAGGUAUUUAUACUGGCACAGCUGGAGGAGGAGUGACCUGCAGUGUGCAGAGGCAUCAGAAUCAUGGAGGGGCUCUUGCACUACAUAAACCCAGCACAUGCAAUUUCCCUUCUGAGCACCCUGAACGAGGAGCGUCUCAAGGGACAGCUGUGUGACGUUGUGCUCAUAGUGGGAGACCAGAAAUUUCGAGCCCAUAAGAACGUUCUGGCUGCCAGCAGUGAAUACUUCCAGACUCUGUUCACAAACAAGGAGAACGAGUCUCAGUCGGUGUUUCAACUCGACUUUUGUGAGCCGGAUGCUUUUGAUAACGUGUUGAACUACAUUUAUUCUUCAUCCUUGUUCAUUGAGAAAGGCAGUCUCGCAGCUGUGCAAGAGCUGGGCUACAGUCUUGGGAUAUCCUUUCUCACAAACAUCGUUUCCAAGAGUCCUCAAGCUCCUUUUCCUGCUUGCCCUAUCAAGAAAAUACUGUAUCAAGAUGAAGAUGAAAGUAGUUCCCAGAAGAGAAGUGUCAUCGUCUGUCAGAACAGAAUUGAAGCACAAGCGAAAAGCAUAAAUCAAACACAGCAUGAUUUAAGCCAUACUCCUAAACCUCCGCCCUCUGUGGCGGUCAAAACUAGCAGCAGACCACAAAUAACAAAACCAACUGAAACCCUUCACAACUUAUCACUGACUGAAAGGAGGUGGCUGAAAGAAAGUCCUUUGGGCUAUACGAAGGUUCAUGAAACUUCUGGAACUGUGGAGGAUCAGGGCAGGAGUGGUUUGGUGAAAAGGAACACGGUGCUGCCUCAGAUGCCUUUAGCAGAGAAGGAAAUUGCAGACGAUGAGCCAGGAAGCAGUGGUCAGCUUUUGAGAGGAAAGGCUGUGGAGAUGUCACUGAAGAGACCACGACCACCAGUCUUGUCUCUGCGUGGGGCAUCAGAAUCCACGUUUUUGUUGCGAGAGGCAGGAAAAGGAAACGGUCAAGGCGAAGACAGGAAUUUGCUGUACUACUCAAAGUUAGGGCUGGUGAUCCCGUCUAGUGGGUCUGGCCCAGAAAACCAAAGUAUUGACAGAAGUGGGCCCCUUGUAAAAAGUCUUCUGCGGAGGUCACUGUCCAUGGACAGCCAGGUUCCUAUUUACUCACCUUCCGUUGACCUAAAACCUGCACAGGUGUCGUCCUCCUCCUCACCGGGAACUAACGAUUCCCAGAAAACAUUUAACGUCGUGUCCCAGAAGUCAUCCUUGAGAGAGUCAUCGGAGAAGUUAGUCCUGGAUGAGAAACCACAGGUAAUACACCCACAUCGCCUUAGGUCUUUCAGUGCCUCUCAGUCCACUGACAGGGAGGUGGCUUCCCCUCUCUCGGAGGUGCGGAUAAAAACCGAACCGAGCAGUCCACUCUCAGAUCCCGCUGAAAUUAUAAGAAUUACGGUGGGUGAUGGUUCAGCCUCGACAAAUAAAGACUUUGCUUUUAAAACCGAGGAUGAUCACAAGGAACCGAGCAGAAUUCCAGCAAAAAGGAGGUUUCAGGACGAUAGAAUGCUGCCAUUCAAGAAGCUGAAGGCGGAUGAUCAGGGUUCUCCUGGCUCAGAAGAGAACUUUGAGGAAGGCGCAAGCCCUCCGCACCUUGAUGCUGAUUUUCCUGAUUCUGAUGUCAGUAAAGAUGAGUACAGCGAGAUGGAAGAAGCAAGACCAAAUAAAAAAUUUAAAUGCAAACACUGCCUUAAAAUCUUCAGAUCGACAGCAGGUCUUCAUCGUCACGUUAACAUGUAUCAUAAUCCAGAGAAGCCCUACGCUUGUGACAUAUGCCACAAGAGAUUUCACACCAACUUCAAAGUGUGGACGCACUGCCAGACCCAGCAUGGAAUCGUGAAGAACCCCUCACCGGCCUCCAGUUCUCACGCCCUCUUGGAUGAAAAAUUCCAAAGAAAACUGAUCGAUAUAGUGAGGGAGAGGGAAAUCAAAAAAGCUCUGAUCGUGAAACUGAGACGUGGCAAGCAGAGCUUUCAGGGCCAGUCCGCUUCACAAGCGCAGCAGGUCAUCAAGAGGAAUUUAAGGUCGAGAACCAAAGGAGCCUAUAUUUGUACCUACUGUGGGAAAGCUUAUCGCUUCCUCUCGCAGUUCAAACAGCACAUAAAAAUGCACCCAGGGGAGAAACCCAUCGGAGGGAACAAGGCUCCUAAGCAGAAGGAUCACAUUCACAUUGAAAGCCCAGUGGAGAACAAGGAGGUUUAUCAGUGCCGGCUCUGCAAUGCCAAACUCUCCUCACUCAUUGAACAGGGAAAUCACGAGCGACUCUGUAGGAACGCCACUGUCUGUCCUUACUGCAGCCUUAGGUUUUCUUCUCCAGAGCUGAAGCACGAGCACGAAAGCAAGUGUGAGUACAAGAAGCUCACUUGCCUCGAGUGUAUGCGUACCUUCAAAUCAUCCUUCAGCAUCUGGCGCCAUCAGGUUGAGGUUCACAACCAAAACACGAUGGCUCCAUCAGAGAACUUUUCCUUACCUCUCAUGGAUCACAACGGGGAAAUAACCAGUUCGUCCAGGUUGCCCCCGCAGUCAGAGUCCAAUAAAAUGAACAACUUUGUUGCUGCGAAGGAGGAUGGUGUGUUCAGUGACUCGUCAGAACAAAUCAACUUUGAUUCUGAAGACUCCUCAUGCCUACCUGAGGACUUAAGUGUCUCCAAACAGUUUAAAAUCCAGAUCAAAGAAGAGCCUGCGGAUGACAUCGAGGACGAGGUCACCGAAACGAGCAGGGAACCUAAGGAAGUGGUCUCCAAGAAGGAUGCCAACUUGUGGCCCUGUGAGAAGUGUGGGAAGAUUUUCACCUUGCGCAAGCAGCUGGAGCGUCACCAGGAGCUCCUGUGCUCCGUGAAGCCCUUUAUUUGCCACGUGUGUAACAAGGCCUUCCGAACGAAUUUCCGGCUGUGGAGCCACUUCCAGUCUCACAUGUCGCAGGCUGCAGAGGAGGCCACGAACAAGGAGCCUGAGAUAUGCCCACCAGCUAACUCCCCAUCCCCGCCGCCCUUACCCCCGCCCCCGCCGCUCCCCAAAAUCCAGCCUUUGGAGCCGGACAGCCCCACGGGCUUGCCGGAGAGCUCCAGUACUACUGAGAAGUUGUUCGUGCCCCAGGAGUCAGACACGCUGUUCUACCACGCCCCGCCGCUCUCAGCAAUCACUUUUAAAAGACAGUACAUGUGCAAACUCUGUCACAGGACUUUCAAGACGGCUUUUAGUCUCUGGAGCCACGAACAGACACACAAUUAAGCUUUAACAGAAACCUUACAAAGCUGUGUUCAGGGUCUCACACGUCUGCCACACAGACUAGAAAUUUUAAGAGGAUCAAAACAAUGAUGAAAAAUGUGGAAUCUGUGAUGCUGCUUGGGUUUGAAGAUUAGGGGAAGCUAACUUGGUUAUUAGGUAGAAAGCAGAGUAAUUUAAAGUCCUGUGGUCUGGGAUCUGAUAGUAACAGUAUAAAUUUUAUUUCAUUUAA